AUGAACUGCACCGUUCUUUUCAUUGUGGUUUCUGCCAUUGUAACGGUACUUGACAAAUGGGAGAAAAUACCAAAGUUUUAUGCGAGAAAAUUAGCCCAUAUGCUGUGCGGCUUGAUAAUCCUGCUGUUUGACAUAAGCAUAAAUGGAAACAGAAGAUUGAUGCAUUCACAAGAUGUUAAAAGUACAUGCCAGAAUAGUUAUUGCGUUCUUUUUAUAUAUCUAAUAGCGGCAACUUCUAUUUUACGCUGUUUCUUUUAUCCUUUCAGAUUCGGUGUCAACAAGGACAAAGGAAUUAUCAUAUACAACAUAAUCGUGUCAUUAUUUUUUUUCUUUAAACUUCCUCUAUACGUCUUGACUCCAAUCUUCUUUGCUGAUCCAAUGGCAGCCAUUGUGGGAAAAAGAUUCCCCACAUAUUCCAUUUACAAGAAAAAGACUUUGCAUGGAACCCUGGCCUGCUUCUUCGUCUCCCUUGUUUCCCUAUACUAUGUCGAGAACUACACACACAUUUUAAUUUUAGCCCUAUCACUAAGCAUCUUAGAACUGUUCGGUGGGACCUUAGAUAAUUUGUUCAUGUGCUUUCCCAUAUUUAUAUACAUGAUGUUUUUCAAGGUUUAG